CGGCCACUCAGCAUCCCCGACUUCCUCCUCCGAAAAUAAAGAUACAAAAACAUCUGUCAAGCGCAGAGUUGCGCUCUGUGGGGAAUUAGGUGUUGCUUUCCUCUUGGAGCAACUUGUCUGCAACAGACAGAGGCGGGGAAGAGGAACAAAGUGCAGGGCAAAGAGAGGAGAGAGGUGACCUGGCCGGAGUGAUGUUUGGCAUGAUAAAGAACUCCCUGUUCGGGAACAGCGAGGAGUCGGAAUAUAAGGUGCUCAGCAGUGAGAUGCAGGAGGGAGUUAGGUUUGAGGUCCGGCGGUAUGAUGCUGCCAAAUAUGCCGUCAUCUCCUCCGAAGGAAGAAGCUAUGACCAAGUGACUGGGGAGCUGAUUAGGAAGCUGCUCAUGUACAUCGGCGGGAGCAAUGAACAAGGUGAAGCCAUGGGUAUGGCAUUUCCCAUCAUCAUCACAGUGUAUCCGCGGAACGAUGGCGUUCUCUCCCGACGUCUGGCAGCAGGUAUCCGUAUUCCCUCCACCUACCAGCAAAGCCCCCCAACUCCCGGCGACAGUGCCAUCAUGAUUGAAGAGCGACCUGGCAUGACUGUCUAUGCUCUACAGUUUGGUGGCUUCGCAGGGGAGAGUGAAUAUCGAGCAGAGGCUUUGCGUCUGACCCGCACUCUCGGUGAAGCGGCUCCCUUUCAGCGCAAGCAGUACUUCUGCUGCAGCUACGACCCUCCACUGAAGCCUUACGGACGCAGGAACGAGGUGUGGUUUCUACAGGAGGAACCGUAGAAAUCACCCAGCCUGCCCGCUCCCACACACCCCAGUUAGUCCUGUAGCUGUAAAACUGAAGUUAGGUGUUCAAGGAGUGAGACCUUUUAGUUCUUAGCAUCAAACAUUAUUACUUUAUUUAUUUUACUACUUUAAAGAUCGCUAACAGAACAGAUGUUGGGAAUAGUUGAACAUUUCAGAUAACUACUGAUUCUACAUUAUUUCUAACCCAGAGCCUUUUGUUUUGUCACAUUCAGUGAAUAUCUCCACACCAUCUGCUAGUUACCCAUCUCUGUAGGAGAAACUGGUUUGCUUCUGCAAUGUGUUCACCGUCAUGAAACUCUACCAUCAAAAUCUAGUAUUAAACAGCUUUUAGAUGUUUUGGUUUCCCUCAGAAUGUUUGUCCUUGAAGAUAAUGCGUCCUUGUAGAGCCCUCAUCUCCCAGAAUAGCACUUUGCACUCUUUUUAAAUAAGUUUAGACUUUAGUUUACAGCUAAGGAAAUGCAAAGAAUUAGACAUUAGACAUUAAUGCUAUUAACGUUAGAUAAAAAGGUUUCAAAAAGCACAUGCCCUUCCUGAAUGGGGAACUGGAAACAGGAGGUAAGCCAUACGGUGGAGUUACCCUUUAUGAAUUAGUUGUGCAGCUGUGAGUGAAGUCUAAGUGUCUAGUUUCUAGAGCUGUUAAGCUCUCUUGUUUUGCUAGAAUGAAAUUCUGUGUAUAGUAAAUACUGGUGAACUAGUGUACAAAAAUGCUCUUUAUUUAAUGAGACAAUAAAAACUGGACAAUAUGAUAUGUAUGGAGUUUUCUGUGAUCAGAGUGAACAUAAUGUCCAAGUUGGAGUAUUUCAUAAC